AUUUUCAGUUUGAUUAUUUCAUGGGACAUUGACAUACAAAGAACCCAAUCGUCAUGGGAACCUUCAUGGGUCACGCCCUUCCAGGGUCAUUCUUCAUCAUCUUUGCUAGCUGGUGGAUUAUCAACAUAUGGAUCCGUUACUUCCGUUCAAAACAACGAGGCACUGAGUUCAGAUCCUCUGCCACGUUUAAAUGUUCGUGUCUAUGUGGGAAGCUUGGAACUUGGCAAGUUGAGGGUGCCUUGAAAAUGCUGUUCUGUUCUAUAGGCCUCACUGGAGAAAUGAUCACAGGAUUCGACGAUAAAGGAAAUUUUGUAAAUUUUGGAAACGCCCAACAUAUCACAAUGUUUGCUGCAUUUGGACUUUCAGGAUUGAUUGACAUUUUAAUGCAUCACGAUUUCCCAAUUCCAAAAGGGAUGGACUAUGUUGGUAUGCUUGUUGCUGUAAUGGUGGAAGGGGUGCUGUUCUUAUUCCAUCUCCAUGGACGAAAACCAAUGGAUAUCCAGGUCCACAUCCUGCUCGUUUACGUCCUCGGGGCCAGUAUAGUGUCAUUACUGGUUGAAAUGUACAUUCAGAAUAGUGUUCUAGCAGCCUUGGCAAGAUCAUACUGUGUGCUGAUUCAGGGAACCUGGUUUUGGCAGGUGGGGGCCAUUCUUUACCCCCACCAUGUUAACCCUAAUGCCUCUCGGUGGGACGAGGAGGAUCACGAACAGAUGAUGAUAACUGUGUUAAUAUUUGCCUGGCACAUGAUCAUUGACUUCAUAGUCAUAAUAAUCAUGGGUGCCGCAGUUAAUUGCUAUAUUAAACGUACCGGCAAUUGUUAUGAUGCAAUUCAAAUGCAAAACCUUAUCCAUAAAGACUCUACAGGUCAAACUGUAAUCAACCUUGGCGACAGUGACAAUGAUAGCGACCUUGAGUUUGAGAAACCAUCCAGAGCAACGGUGUCGACAAAAUAAACUUGUGAAAUAAUUCUCAGACUUUACACUGAGGUUGUUUUGUAUGAACAUAUGUGGGACAUGGUUGUUUUGUAAAUGAUUCAAGAGGAAGGAAUUAAAGGGAUAAGUAGAGAUGGAGAUUGUAAAUAUAGGAAGUAAUAUGCACUUCUAAAAUAAAGAUUUGGUCAGUCAUCUCAAUUCUUUCUGAAAAAUAUCUGACAUCUGAUCAUAUAGACGUUUUUGAAGAUUUAAAAAGUCCAAAUCAUUAGAAUUGAAA